AUGGAAAAUACGCUGGGUGAGGAGUCCACAGCAAACGCUACCGUGGACGUGAAGGAACAUGACCAUGACAAUGAUAGUGGCAGCAACACCAAUGCAACUAUGGCAAGCGCUGCUAUUACAGAUACUGCUGGUGAAGGGUUGCAGCAACAAGACGAAUCUCUGAAGGAUGAAGGAAUUGCUACGAACACAGACGACGCAGGAAGCGAGGCGAUAACGGUAACGGCAACGCAGCAAGCGACUCUGCCAGCAAAUAAGUUAAGUUCCCAGGAAACACCCUCUAUAGAAGAAGGCGGAACUCAGAGUGGAUUUGGUCAAGAUAAUGAUGAUAGCGAUAAUCUGUUUGGCGAAACGGAGAGCUCUGUUUCGAACAACGAGGCAAAUACUCCGAAUAUACCUAUGAACCCGGUAGACAGUGAAAACAACAAGCCUGCUGCCAAGGAAGACAGCGUAAUACAGGAUUCAAAUGAUAACGUGGAAAGUUCGGAGGGCGGCGAAAUACAAAAGAAGGGAGAGCCAGAAGAUGGCAAUGUUAUUGAAAAAGUCAAAAAAGAAAGCCAACCAGAUGGGAACAAAAAGGAAAUGGAUGAAGUGGAGGAAGAAGAUGAGGACGACGAUCAGCCAAUGAUGAGCCCCGACAAUUCCAUUUUUGGAGAUACAAAGAGUGAGUCUAAACAACUAGGCAACGCUUCGUCGGUUGCUAAUACUCCAUCUGAAAUUCCAGAUGCGCAUAAAGCUGAACAGGACGAGAUCAUAGAAAAGACAGAGAGUAUAGAUAAAAAGGUGGAUACUGGCCAAGAGGGAAACGAACAUGAAGAAGAAAUCACAAAUGUCCCCUCCAAAAGUGCCAAAUCAAAGAAAACUCCCAUCACUAAAGCAGAACCGGAGACCUUUGAUAUACCGCAAGCACAUGAAAUUGUAAUUCCAAGUUACUCUAAAUGGUUCAAUCUAGAAAAAAUUCAUUCCAUUGAAGUUCAAUCGUUACCUGAAUUUUUCACAAAUAGAAUUCCAUCAAAGACACCUGAAGUCUACAUGAGAUACAGAAAUUUCAUGAUAAAUUCUUAUAGGCUAAAUCCCAACGAAUAUUUUAGUGUCACCACAGCGAGAAGAAACGUCUCUGGUGAUGCUGCUGCAUUAUUUAGAUUGCAUAAAUUCUUAACAAAAUGGGGAUUAAUAAACUACCAGGUCGACUCUAAACUACUACCCAAGAACAUCGAACCCCCACUAACAUCUCAAUAUUCCACAAGGCAUGAUGCCCCCAGAGGACUAUUCCCUUUCGAAAGUUAUAAACCAUCUGUACAACUACCCGAUAUGGCGAAGCUUAAAAAAAUGAUGAACACUGGUGACUCGGAAAGUACUUUAUAUAAAUAUUUGAAAGAAAGCAAAAGAAAAUAUGACGAAAUAACUCAUCCAUCCAAUACGACGGAUAAUGAUAAUUGUGGUAAAACGAAUAAUAAAAUUAGUACGUCAACAAAUAGGACCGGUGAUGACAAUUUAUUGGAUGACGAUGAAACUUCACGUCCUCUGAAAAAAGUUAAGAUUCUAGAACAAAUUGAUGAGAAUUGGUCAAAGGAAGAUUUACAAAAGUUACUGAAGGGAAUGCAGGAAUUCGGUGCUGACUGGUACAAAGUGGCCAAAAAUGUGGGUAAUAAGUCACCUGAACAGUGUGUCUUACGUUUUCUUCAAUUGCCCAUUGAAGAUAAAUUUUUAUACGGUGACGACGAUACAAGGGGAGGUAAUGAUAGCGGAUUAGGACCCUUGAAGUAUGCCCCUCACUUGCCAUUUUCCAAGAGCGAAAACCCCGUUUUAUCAACAAUAGCAUUUUUGGUAGGGUUGGUUAAUCCAAAAACUGUACAGUCGAUGACCCAGAGAGCCAUUCAGUCCGUAGAAUCAGUAAAUUCACAAAAAGAGGAAAUUUCUGAUCAACAACCAGUCGAACAUAUUAAAGAGGGUUCAGAAAUUGCCAUCUCAUCAUUAGGUUUUAGGAGUCAUAUUUUCGCUAAUAAUGAGGAGAGGCAAAUGAACUUUCUGACUAAUGAGCUAAUAAGACUUCAAAUGGAAAAAUUAGACACGAAACUAAACCAUUUGAAGAAACUAGAAAAAUUUAUGGAGUUGGAAAGGAAAACCUUAGAAAAACAACAGGAAAACUUACUAAUUCAGAGAUUGAACUUCAAUCAAAAUUCCAGCAAGAUUGUAAACGUUUUAAGCAAAUGCUUGAAUUCAAUAUCCGACAGCAAUAUGAACAAUAGUUCUGUAGCGGAAAGGGAUGAAAUCAGGUCGCAGAUAAAUCACUUCAAAAGUAUGUUAUCGAAACCUGAAACUUUAAGUAUUGGAAAGAACCCAUUCAGCAAACCUGAUAUUGAAACAGGUGAGAACCAUAAUGGCCAAAAUAUAUCUAACGAGAACGAUGUCAAACCGAUUUCCAUUGAAGCACCUCAGUUUUACAGGUAUUGGUCGGCAUAA